CUACAGUACUACUACCUGAUUAGAUACUGGCUAGUAUCUAUCUCCUGUAGUGAUCCAUACGAUAUCCAUUUCUGCAGUGAUUAUUUUUCCCUGCUGCUCGAGUGGAGAGUUCCCGGCGUGCCCGGUUCUGCCGAUGAGCUUACCUGCUGA